CCCCUCCCCCCCAGGGCUCACCUGGGUGCAGGUUAGGCAGGUGAAGCGCCUGCCCAGAAACAGAGCUGGAGCGCCCCACCGGCCCGGCCCUGCCUGCUCAGAUCGGAUCCAGCACUUCCAGGCUUCUUGCUAUAGAAUUCCCAUUGGAAUUCUGAAAUGGAGAUAUCAAAUGACCUGCCCCCAUCCCUCAAGAUAAAUGUUAUUGUCCUCACUUUCAGAUGAGGCGCCUGAGGCUCUAAGAGGAGCCAGCGGUGACAGCUGAGGCCAUGUGAGUUCUAUCCUGAAUGAGGCUUUAUCUCUGGCUCUUCAUCUCCUUGGCCACCGUGGCUCCAGCUCCCUUGGCCAGCCAGCCGGGAUGGGACAGGCAACUGAGAGAGCCGGAGCCAGAGAGGUGAUGGUGACCAUAUGCUGGACCGGGAGAGAAACAGGACUCUGGGCCUCUGGCUGCCAAGCUGGUGGUGGGGGCUCCAGGCUGUGAUCCGUACCCUCUAACCCCUGAGGCCACCCUCUGCCCUGACUCAUGCCAGACCCAGCCAUGUCUGCCCGAGAGGCUCGAGCCCCGCUGGGUGAGGGGCUGCCCCCAGAUGUGCUGGCAGAGCAGGUGGAGUUAUGGUGGUCCCAGCAGCCACGGCGCUCAGCACUCUGCUUUGCCGUGGCUGUGGGCCUCGUGGCAGGCUGUGGGGCGGGUGGUGUGGCACUGCUCUCUUCCACCAGCAGCCGCUCAGGUGAGUGGCGGCUGGCAGCAGGCACUGUGCUCUGCCUGCUGGCCCUGCUGGUUCUGGUUAAGCAGCUGAUGAGCUCAGCCGUGCAGGACAUGAACUGCGUACGCCAGCCCCACCAUGUGGCCCUGCUACGCAGUGGUGGAGGUGCUGAUGCCCUCGUGGUGCUGCUCAGUGGCCUUGUGCUGCUGGUCACUGGCUUGACGCUGGCUGGGCUGGCCGCCACCCCUGCCCCUGCCCGGCCGCUGGCUGCCAUGCUGUCUGUGGGCAUCGCCCUGGCUGCCUCAGGCUCGCUCCUGCUACUGGGCUUGCUGCUGUACCAGGUGGGCGUGAGUGGACACUGCCCCCCAAUCCGUGCUGCCCCUCCCGCCACCCACAGUGACCAUAGUGGCAGUGGCAGCAUCUUCAGCAUCUCAGGACGGUUGUCUGCUGGCCAGCGACAUGAGACCACAUCCAGCAUUGCCAGCCUCAUCUGAUCAAGUCAGAGUCCUCUUUCCCACGACCCACCCCUGCAGCCACAGAACUGUGCCAGGGCAUGAGUGAGUGUGCGAGUGUGAGUGAGUGUGUGUGUGCACGCACGCACACAGGGGAUAGUGAGUGUAUGUGAGUGUGUACAUGUCCCUAGGACUGUUCGGCCCUCCUGGGGGUUGUGUGAUGAAGAGCCUGUGUGUACCAGCACAUCCACACCCCAGGAGAGUGAGUAUGUUUCUCCUUGGAACUGGGGGUUUGUGUCCAUGGAACUGUCAGAGUCCGCCUGUCUAUGUCUGGGGUCUCUAGGCAGAGAAGGAUCUGGGAUCCCUGAAGAUUCUCGGCCCCUAUGCCCAACACCCCUGAAAGCCAGCUCUGCCCUGUGACACCUGUCAGGGGUUUCCACGGGAGUGCGCCAGUGAGUCUCCCUCCAUGAGGAGAGUGAGUAGUGGCAGAGUGGAGAGAAUAUACAAGAGUGGAGUGGGACGGACCUGGAUUGGAACCCCCCCUCCACCACUUACCCACCGGGGGACUUGGGCAAAUGACUUAACCUCUCUGAGCCUCGGUUUCUUGAGAGCCGUGGUCAUGGUCGUGGUAAUCGAUUGUGAGAAUUAAAUGACGUCAUGUGUGGAAGGACUGGGCACAUGACAGAUGUGCAAUAAAGUGGUGGCUGCUGCUGUUGUUACUGUCUUUACCUCCCCGUCUCACCCGGAGACCCUUCCUUACCCCUUCCCCCACACCCACCCCUUCCAAAGUGAACACUUUGUGCCUGUCUCAGGCUGACAGAAGGUGCCUUGGAGGUGUCCUCAGUCAGGCCUGUGGUUUCUCCUCUUGGGUACUAAGAAGCUGG